CUUCUCCAGGUGUUCCUGAUUGUCACUGUCAGUUUCCUUGUAUUUAGUUGCCUGCCUCCUUUCACUCUCUGUUAAAUUAUUUGCCUCCUUUGUUGUCCUCUUAUGCCUUACCAUGGUUCUCGAGGAGUCCUGCGUUCAUUUUGGUGAAGCUCCUUCAUCCAUUUCCUUCUCUGGAUCAGGCUUUCUGGCCACCUACCAGAUAGGGGUUGCCCAAUGUUUUGUACAUAACGCACCAUGGCUUCUUCGCAAGGCACCGUUUAUUCUCGGUGCGUCUGCGGGGUCUUUGGUAGCUGCUGCUGUUGCUUGUGAAGUAAACCUGAUUACCAUGCAAAAUGAGAUGCUAAACUUCUCCAAAGCGAUGAAGGCCUUUACAUUUGGACCAUUCAACCCCUCUGUUGAAAUUCUCAACUGGUUAAAGUUUGUUUUGAACAAAUAUCUUCCUUCUGAUGCGCAUCUCCUUGCAAACGGACGUCUCGCCGUGGCCGCGACCCGUCUGGAUGAUGGCAAACCCACGAUUAUAACAAAAUACCGGUCCAAAGAUGAUGUCGUGCAGGCUCUGCUUUGUAGCUGCUUUGUUCCAGGAUAUUGCGGUAUGCUUCCGCCAUCCCUCAACGGCGUGCACUACAUGGAUGGCGGUUUCAGUCAGAUGCAGCCAGUUCUGGAGCUACCCAGUCGCACUUUAACAGUGUCUCCUUUCUCCGGGGAGACGGACAUAUGUCCAGGAGACCAACCCAGCAUGCUGGACAUGGUGGUGACUGGGGUGACCUUGAAGGGCAAUUUGGCCAAUGGGCUCAGGUUCUGGAAUGCGCUCUACCCAAUAAAGCCAGAGAUUGUGGAGCAAGCUUACCACAAUGGCUACAAAGACGCCUUUCAUUUUCUUCUCAACAACGAGCUUGUGCCAAACGUGAAAAUGAUGACAAUUCAAGAACUCAAGAGCACGCUCAACUGUCGCACUAAAAUGCUGACAUUCCAAGAGACCACUCCAGAGGAAGAAGAGGAUGAUGAUGAAAUGGAAACAACAGUAUUGUGUUUUCAUCAAGGCAACCAAAACACGCAGACAAACACUUGGACUGAACUUCAGUCCACAAUUGGCAAGCUGACAGUUGUGGAUCUUCCUUUCACUUUUGAAACGGCAAAAAACAUUCUGACCGGCAAUGUGACGAUGUAUGGGAGCAUGAUGGGACCUUCUGGAUUCUUGACCUACUUGGUGCUACCUAUGAUGCUGUUGUUCCAGACUCUGCUUGAGACCAAAGAAAUAGUCGAGUCAGUGUCCCGAGGGACUCCAGGAUUGAUUUUUUGGACUUGGUGUAGCCUGAGACAGUUCGCAGUUUUCUUUUUUGAUAUACUGCUCUCUACCUUCAUGAAGAACGUAAAGAACAGGCUGUUGCCCAUCAUGCUGAAGUUGCAGUUGUUGGAAGAAGCUCAAAAUGAGGUUCCGCUGAAGCACACCUUCCCUCCAAGUCACAAAGAGUCAUCUUAUCCUGCUCUCUCUGAAAAUAUCACGUUUGCGAGUUCGCGGCCCAUACCUCCAUUACGAGGCUUGUAAAAUGGAGAUUUUUUUUUUAACAAAACCCCGCAUGUUUGAAAAUCUGUGCUUGACAUGGAAAGAGUAAUGACGCAGGCCGUUGUGUGCGUAUUCUCAACCAGCAGCCUAGUGUUUGAGUUUACAGUUCAGUGAAGGAAAGCAGGCCUUAUUUAAGCAAAUUAUGCAGAAAAUCUUUGUCACUGUAGUCUCUGUAGUAGGAAGUCUCUUUUCUGCUCAUCACCAGCUUUCCAACCUCGUAAAUGCUCCUCAUGUCUGUGUGUGUGUGUCUCAUAGUUUUGCCAAGCCAUGUGGAGAUGUAAGACUGAAUGCAUUAAAUUUGGAAAAUUUGCACAACAAACGUGCUGCCACUAAAUAAAAAUAAAUCAAUGCUGACCUCACAAGCUAAAGCAUCAGAGAUGGAAAAUUCCUUUCAGAAAUGUAUUCUUAAGAUUCUUGUCAUGAAAUUGAACUUGAGUAUGUUAUGGCUUAUUUGGCACAAAAAACAUUUGCUUCCUGGUUUUACAAUUAGGAGAACUGUGUCUAGAAAAUGAACUGUUUGUGCAUCUUGUCAUCCCAUGAGCUGUUGUUUCUUUUAGCUUCUUACACUUAUUAGUCACCAAUAAAGCAA